AUGAACAUGUUAUGGAAUUGGUCCUCUCAUCUAUGGUGUUUAGCGUUUUUGGUGUUGUUAUGCAACAGUAUCUCAUUUGGGUAAGUGUGUUAGUAUAUUGUAUCUUGAUAGAUGUACUUAAUCAUUGUAUUGUACACUUGCACUGUGUAAAAAGUAAGAUAUCGUUAUCAAAUAUUGAUCACUAAGUUUAGCGGUGUCAUAUUAAAUACCUAAAUAUUUAAAUUUUGUGAUUUAUCAUGCGCACUUCGGUCGUAUUUAAGUUCUUUUUUGCUUAUCAUCCAACCAUUUUGAUAGUAAUGAUAAUUAUUUCCAAACAAAAUACCAAAAGAGAUACAAAAGACACAAUUACAAGACAAUAGACAACAUCUAUAACACUACCUAUAUUACAUAAAUAUAUCUAUAUAUAAUUUUAUGAUUGUAGAAUGUAGAAGAUCAAAAGUUGCUAAUAUGUCAUAACAGUAUUUGGACCGGCGAAACUUUAAGAAUAUCUGGCAUAGAAAUAACAUAAUGAAAUAGGUCUUGUAAAUUGAAUAACACGAAGGAUUUAAUAAUUUUAUACAAGCUCUCAAUGAAAUUAUUCCUAUUUAUAGGGGUACGAACACUACAUUUCUGCAUGUUAUAUAUAUAUUUAAUGGUUGCGCAGGCGUUUGACUUCGAAACCUAUCAAUUACUUGCCUACGUUGAAGAAAAAAAGUUUUUAAAUUAAUUUUGAAAUAGGAUUACAUGAAUAUUUAUUUGUUUGAUUUCUUCGUUACACAAUUCUCCUGACGUAUGUAGGUUGAAAAAAAGUGUUUAUCUAAUGUAGGAAUAUAGGAUUAAAUGAAAAUUGAACUCUUCGAUUGUUUGUUUCUGAACUGCUUGGAAAAUCUAAAAAUAAACUACGUUUCAAGCGAAGAUUGUCGUCAGGAGUUUGGUAGCUUGGCAUUAAAACAUUGCCCAACCUCACAUUUCGAUUGUUUGACCUGAAUAUUUUACAAUUGACUUCACGCUCGUUGAAAAUAGUGUUUAUGUAACGUGGUAAUGGGAUUGGAACGAAAUCUGAUUAUCUUUUGCCCUUGUUCUUCUUUAGUUUUAAUUAAAAAUUCCACUCGUUGGUCAGAAAGUUUCGGAAUCGAAUCCUCAUGAAUUCAUAGCAAGAAUCCUCCCCCCCCCCCAAAAAAAUAAUUGGGGAUCACAUCUUUCCCCCUAAAAAAUCACAGACUGAUUUGCAAUGACAAAACACAAAAAGUUCCGCACCUAUUUUUUAUCUGAGAGCACUCACACGUGUCAAAAAUUGUUCUUUAACAACGCUUUACAAUUUAUCUUGAGUUCAUGUUGUAAUUAAUACAAACAUUAUAAAUGCAGACUGUGGGCUGUGAACUCGUAUUAGUGAAUUGAUCUAUUGGUAUAGAGCAUUACGAGUCAAGGGCUUCGAUGACAGCGCCCAUCUAUUCUUGCUUUAGGCUCUACAAGUAGAGGAGUAAGAUGUGCUUUUUGAUUACUCCUAUAUUUAUGUAUUUAUAUACACUAUUAUAUACAAACAUACAUAUAAAUAUAUUAUCCAGCUCACUCCCCAACGGGCAACGGGGCUUUUCAGUGACCAAUUACACCAAGUAUUACGCUUACUUGUAUUACCUACUUAGCCUAGACUAAAUAUCUUUACCGAACAAUUGUGAUAUUACUUUCCUAAGUUCCUAACUCUGUUUAUCCACUGUCGUUUAUCCUAACCCACCCUGUCAACUUUCCCUGUGGGAGGAAACCGGAGCGCCCGGAGAAAACCCACGACUUUCGGCAGAGCGUUGACUGACUCUUCACAUGAGUCCGUAGCGAGAAUCAAACCCACGUUCUCAGAGACAAAAAGCGCUUGACUGACGAUUACGCCACCGACUGAGUCCCAAUAUUUGGUGUGUAGAACCCCUGCUUAAAAUAGUCUUGCUAAAUGCGGGUGGGUAUUUAAUUUUGAUAAUCGUAAUAACAAAAAAAAAGAGAAAGACACGGGCAUCUCCAGUUAGUGUUUAGUCGAGCAGAUUCUACUUAAAAAUUGGGCAAUUUUCUGGGCCUGCCCGCCACGGUUAUAAUGUAUAUUGGUCAUGAUAUUAAUGCUGAGAUAUUAUUGUUUAGUCAGAGAAGCUGACAGAUUGAAGUUUAUUUCAUUAAAUGUAAAUUCCAUAAAGUAGAGGAUUUUUCGAUGUAUCUUGAAGAAUGAAAUCCAAUUUAUCGUUUUAAGAUUGAGUUUGUAUUUCCCCGCGACUGUAUAGAAGAUGUGUUCCUUCUAUAGUUGCUUUAUAUCUAUCAAUGUUUCCAUAGUGAUAAUGUCGGGCAAUUUCCAUCAACGUCAGUUCUUCCGCCUGUACGUCUAUGGAAAGAGGAAGGCCAGUGUUGAAAGUCGUGGGUUUUCCCCGGCUACUCCGGUUCGUUCGGAGAAAAUUGGUAUGGGGUGGGUUAGGAUAAAUAUAGACCCAUCGACUAACGCGUUCCUGUUGCCAGCCAAUUCACUCACAAAUAUAAUUUAAUGCUUUGGUUACGUACUAUUUAAAACACGAGCAGGAGGCGAGGGUUUUAAAUGGCUUAAAAAACGACACAUCUGAUGAGUUCAUUGGCGAAGUGACUUUUAAAAUAAACGUUUUCUAAGCCGAGAAAAUCAAAGCUAAAGUUUAUGUAAAUUAACAUGAUUUUUUUAUCACGUAUAAAACCACGACACGGCAGUGAUUUCGUUUGUAUUUUCGAUGAUUUAUUAAUUAGUUUUUAAGUACUAUUUAAAAUAGUGCCAGACUGCCAGUGGUAACUAUAUUUAGCAUGUGAGUAAUCCAAAAUAUAAAAGUGUGAAUUAGCUAGGUGGCAUAGUAUUGUUUUGAAGAUAAAUUCAUGCUUUAGACUAAGUACGUAAAAUGUGUAAGCCCUAGAAACCCCUGAAUAAAUAGGAACAUUAUAUCUGUAAUCUGUAUAUUCCGUAGUUUAUGGUAUUUAAGAAACUUUCUUUCGUAAUCGAGUUCAAAAUCACCACACUAAUUAUUAUAUGGCAAUUACUAGAUAGUAUACUUCAAAAUAAGGUUUCCGUUUUUAUAUCAAUUUUUAAAAUAAGUUAGGUUAGGUUAGGGGUAGGGUUAGGAUUUAGGGGUAGGGUUUAGGGGUAGGGUUUAGUUUUGCGUUAGGAUAGUUUUUUCUACGUUAUAAAAAUGGAAACCUUAUUUUGAAGUAUACUAUCUAGCAAUCACCCUUUUUAUAUCAAGCUCCAAAGAUAUAGCACGAUAUAACUGUUUAUCUAUCUUUUAGGAAUGAAAUCAGACCGAGAAGGAAUCGUCUUAAUGAAGUGCAAAAUCCCACCAGUAAAUCACCUUCGGGAAUAUGGGAAUCCGAAGAAAAUAGGAAAACAAAGACUUCGACACUUUGUAUGAAUCGAGCUUUGAACGCAAAGCAAAUGAAAUUGUGUUUAAAAUUCCCUCUACAAGUUGCCGCAGCGUUUCGAGCUUAUCGCGAGGCGGUUAAGGAAUGCCAGUACCAGUUUCGUGAUGGACGUUGGAACUGCGAUUCACUUGUGAGCAUGCGUGGCCAAACAAUGCAGCCGUUGGUGACGAAAUUUAUGACCAGAGGUACGGAGCGGUAAUGAGUUUAGUUUUUGUCAUAAUUUGGCUCGUUAUUCUUGGCUGAAUAAAUAGGAAGACAGAAGAUAAGGAGUGAUGGAAUUAAGCUUAUGGAAGAGAUGAUGACGCAAGAGAUCAAAUUACAUGAAGUUCAAACAAAAGAUUUUGAUCAACUCUGACGAAGCCACUAAACUCACACUCAAAGAGUGGAAGUUCAAUCUGAGCUUCCCUUGAGUGUCAGUGCUAUUUUUGAGUAGCUGGAGGGUUAAUAGUCACAUAGUAAUGUACAACACUCACCCUCCAGCUAUUCAAAAACAGCACUGACACUCAAGGGAAUCUCAGAUUGAACCUCCAUUCUUUGCGUUAGUCAUGAUCUAAUGUUUCGACAUUCCAGUCUAGUUGUCUUCGUCAGAGGAUCAAAAUCUAAUGUUUCUACUUCAUGUAAUGUGAUCUCGUGCGUCAUUAUCUCCAUAAUCUUCUUAAUUCCAUCACUCCGUCUCAUCCUCUGUCUUCCUCUGGAUCUUUUUCCUCUAUUUCGCGGCCAGGCCUUCUUGUUUAUUAUCUAUGUAACUCGAUCUCUUACCUUACCCUCCGUAAGUUCAAUCUCUUCAAUAAUCUUAAUUCCGUCACACCAUCUUGUCCUUUGCCUUCCUCUUGAUCGUUUUCUUAUAUUUACCGACCAGGCCUUCUUGUGUAUCAUCUAUGUAACUCGAUCUCUUGCCUUACCCUCCGUAAGUUCAAUCUCUUCAAUAAUCAUAAUUCCGUCACACCAUCUUGUCCUUUGCCUUCCUCUUGAUCGUUUUCUUAUAUUUACCGACCAGGCCUUCUUGUGUAUCAUCUAUGUAACUCGAUCUCUUACCUUACCCUCCGUAAGUUCAAUCUCUUCAAUAAUCAUAAUUCCGUCACACCAUCUUGUCCUUUGCCUUCCUCUUGAUCGUUUUCUUAUAUUUACCGACCAGGCCUUCUUGUGUAUCAUCUAUGUAACUCGAUCUCUUGCCUUACCCUCCGUAAGUUCAAUCUCUUCAAUAAUCAUAAUUCCGUCACACCAUCUUGUCCUUUGCCUUCCUCUUGAUCUUUUUCUUAUAUUUACUGACCAGGCCUUCUUGUGUAUCAUCUAUGUAACUCGAUAUCUUGCCUCAUUCCCCCUAAAUCCGAUAUCUCCUCCAUAAUCUUCUUAAUUCGAUUACUCCAUCUCAUCCUCUGUCUUCUUCUUCUGACAGAUUCCUUCCAUGAUCUCUUAACUCAUUUUCUAUGGUCCAUUAUUAUGGUCCACAUUAUCAUUCAGCUCACUCCCCAUUGGGGCUUUUCAGUGACCGAUUACAUCAAGUAUUACGCUCAUGUUACUUAGGCUACACGGCAAAAAACGCCGAGCCCGUUGUUCAACAGGGCUGAACAAUGUUUUGCUGCCCACGUUGUUCACACUUGUCAACAAUAUUGAACAAUGUUGUUGAGCCUGAAUCGGGUGUAACAAUGUUGUUCAAUAUUGUUGACAGCUAUGAACAAUGUGGGCAGCAAAACAUUGUUCAAUCCUGUUUUCAUCAGUAUUGCAUCAACCUGAGCGUUUUUACGCGUGUAGACUAUUUAGAGGUAUUCGUUCCUAACUGUGUUUAUCCUAACCCACCCUGUCAACUUCCCUGUGGGAGGAAACCGGAGCAGCCAGAGAAAACCCACGACUUUCGCCAGAGCGUUGACUGACUCUUUUCACAUGAGUCCGUAGCGAGAAUCGAACCCAGGACCUCAGAGGUGAAGGGCUGUGCAGUGUCUACUCCAGAUUUUCUUCUAACCCCCUUCCUUCUAAUUUGUUCUCAGAGUGAUAUUCCUUCUAUUCGUCCAAUUCUCUAUCGAUCCUAAGUUUUGGGGCCAAAGUUUCCUGCCGAGCUCACUGCUAUAUUCUUCCUAAUAAAUUAUUUUCUGUGACUGUUAGCUUUGUGUAAUGCCCUAAAAUUUUCUGCCGAGCUCACUGCUAUAUUCUUCGUAAUAAAUUAUUUUCUGUGACUGUUAGCUUUAUGUAAUGCCCUAAAAUUUUCUGCCGAGCUCACUACCAUAUUCUUCCUAGUAAAUUAUUUUCUGUGACUGUUAGCUUUAUGUAAUGCCCUAAAACAUUUCCUGCCGAGCUCACUGCUAUAUUCUUCCUAAUAAAUUAUUUUCUGUGACUGUUAGCUUUAUGUAAUGCCCUAAAAUUUUCUGCCGAGCUCACUGCUAUAUUCUUCCUAGUAAAUUAUUUUCUGUGACUGUUAGCUUUAUGUAAUGCCCUAAAAUUUUCUGCCGAGCUCACUACUAUAUUCUUCCUAACAAAUUAUUUUCUGUGAUUGUUAGCUUUGUGUAAUGCCCUAAACAAUUUUCUGCCAGCUAAGCCAGGUCUGAAAAUUUCCUGGGAUCUUAUAUGCCAGAAUCCUAUCGUGGUUCCUAACCCACUGGGGCCGGUUGUUCAAAGGUUGGUUAGCGCUAACCCUGGGUUAAAAUUUAACCUGCUGUUUUAGUUUGUGUAUUUCUGCACGUCUGUUUAUUUCAAAACUUCAGAGAAGUAAUCUCCUAUCGAUCCAGACAAGAUAUCUGAAGAAACGUUUCCAAAUUUAUAGACAAACUGUCAAGGAGUUUGCUUUGAAUUUUGGGUUAACCUAGGGUUAAGCUAACCCAGCUUUGAACAACUGGUCCCAGGUUCGUUUCUGCGGGUUUUUACUGUUGUACAUGUAAAGUGUGGUUGUUUCUAGUAAAACUAACGCAGCUUGUUUUUCUAGGUUUCAAAGAAGUGGCGUUUGUUCAAGCCUUGGUUGCAGCAUCCGUUGCCAAAGCUGUUUCCCUCGACUGCGCCCGGGGGGUGAUGUCCUCCUGUGAUAAAAUCGGCUCAAAAAAACGCCGUUCCAAGAAAGAUUACGUCAAUUACAACGAGGCAAUAGCGCACGGGAUAUAUUUUUCUGAGAAAUUCUUAAAUUCUGGACAAAGUAGCCACGACGUUCAAGGCAUGGUCAGCAGGCAUAACUUCAGAGCUGGACGCUUGGUAGGGAAACAGAUUUCUUUUUCAACGUUUUUUCGAGUUUAAUAUAGUACGAGUACUUGAUUAUAGUAGAUUACUUUUCUUCAUUAAUUUUGCCAUUUGAAGAUCGUGAUCUAAUAUUACCCUUGUGAAUUUACUUUCUUUUAUUAUUAGCAGUUGAUCAAUUGAUAAAUAGGUGUAUUAAUUAAUUCAUCGACUGACUGAUUGAAUUAAUUAACUGAUUUGUUCACUAAUUGCAUUCAUUUUCUAAUGAUUUGAGUGAAGGAUUUUGGGGUGUCCCAAAAAAACUGCACGCUGUUUGAUUUCAUGUAACGUACAAGCUGUAAAAACUAUCGCCAUGAGAUAAAGAUCAUUGCAUUCAGAAAGGACUAACUUAGAUUUUGAUAUAUUGCAUUUGAAUUUACAUGACUGCGCUAUUGAUGUUUGAACGUUGAACUACCGUUUUUGAAAAUGCCAAAAAUUAGCAUAAAACCAGGCCUUAAAAUAUCUCUUACAGGGCCGUCUGACAAAAUGUCCGGUGACGUUGAGUUUGGGUCGGACAUAUGUCCGAUGACCUUCAGUUCAGUUUUGGCUCGGAAAUAAGUCUGAAUGACACAAAUGAAUAAACGGUAAAUGUUGUAAAGGUAUUAAAAAAUUUGUUUCUUUCAUACUUAUUUCCAAGCCAAAAUUAACUUGCUUGCCAGAACAGCAGUGUUAAAAAAAGACUUCGACAACUUAAGCCAGUUUUCCACUUCACCAUUUCGCUCGCCGCCCCGCGCUCGACUACGUUAAAACAACAUUUCCAGUUCACCUUUUAUACAAUAGUACUCUGAUUUUCCAUUUAACAUACAAGCCUCUAGUCGUGGGCUAGGCUACAUUUUGAUUUACGUCGGACAAAGCUAUACAGUUCGGUCGGACACCAAUUCACUUGGGUCGGACAAACAAUAAACCUCAGUUUCACUUUGGUCGGACAGAAAGUCCGGUGGUUUCCUCUCUACGUCGGACAAUUUCACGAAUGGGUCGGACAAUGUCCGUGGCCGACCGAUAUUUUAAGGCCUGUAAAACAACCUUAUGAUUACCGAUCUAGUCAUACUUGUUAAAUAAUAUUUUUAUUUUGGUUUUAUCUCGCUCAAUAUUGCAUGUAAAUUUAAGUGUUAUAUAUCGAAAUCUAAGUUAGUCCUUUCUGAAUGCAAUGAUUUUUAUUUCAUUGCGAUAGCUUUUAUAGCUUUUACGUUACAUGAAAUCAAACAAUGUCCAGUUUUUUUUGGGACACCCAGUAGUUUGCUCAAACAUUUUUUUAUUUGUUUGAUAUUUCAUUGAUUAAGCUCAUUGAUUCUGUGUAUUGUUUCUUCGUUUGCUAAUUGUCUCGGUUGAAUUUCCAGGUAUUCAUGAACACGUUGAAAACCAUGUGUAAAUGCCAUGGAUUGAGCGGCGCUUGCACUGCAAAGACCUGUGUCAAAACAGCUUCAGGAUUACGUCUGAUUGGAAACGCCGUCAAAACUAUCUUCAAUAAUGCAAAAAAAGUUGAACCGGAGAACCAGCGAAGAGAGGGCUUGAAACUGGUGCUCGUGGAUGCUCCGACGAAGACCGAGAACUCUCCGAGGUUCGGGAAAGCUCCGAAGGAAGUCCGGGAAACCCCGACGAAGAGCGAACUUUUAUACACCGAGAACUCACCUUCAUUCUGUGAACGCGAUGAUACACUAGGGACUCUUGGGGUUUCUGGUAGGAUAUGUAGCAAGAAUACCACGGAUGUCAAUAGUUGUAGGUUGUUGUGUUGUGGACAGGGGUAUAAUGAAUUUUGGAUGCAAGAGGAACGUCAAUGCGAGUGCAAGUUUAAAUAUUGUUGUUCUGUCCAGUGUAAGAAAUGUAGUAGGCGAAUAUUAAUAGCUAAAUGCAGAUAGGAUCCUCAUGUUUCGCUCAUGAAUAUAUUUCUCUUUCAACUUGACCUCAAUCAAAACCUUGUUCCUAAGGCUGGCUGUACAGUGUACACAUAGCCUAGCCAAGGGAAGAUGGCUGUGAAACUCAUUAAAAUAACAAUAUAACUCAUUAUCUAUGUUAGUCAACGUUUAUUCAUAAAUCUGGUCCUUCACCGUCACGUGUGUAUUGUAUUUUUACCAAAUCUACCAAUAGCAAUGUUUUAGCGGAAAGUUGUCUAUCCGUGACGCGAACAAUAGCGAAAUUGCUAUUGGUAGAUUUGGAAAAAAUACAAUACACACGUGACGGUGAAGGACCAGAUUUAUGAAUAAACGUUGACUAACAUAGAUAAUGAGUUAGAUUGUUAUUCUAAUGAGUUUCACAGCCAUCUUCCCUUCCGGAUAGGCCAUGGUUUACACUAUCAAAGUUUCUGUGCUCACCAUAGGAAUUUUGCGUCAGUAAAUUAAAUUUACUUAAUGUUUUUGAUGUUAAUCUGAGUAUCCACACCAGGCAGGCUGAAAAGUUAACCUGACCACGGUGGGAAUCGAACCCACGACCUUUGGGAUACUAGUCCAAUGGCAAUGCUCUGCCAACUGAGCUACGAGGCCAAGUCUGUUCGAGUGUGUGGUAUUUCGGAACUAAGUCUAGUAUCUUCGAUACUAAUGUGUUCUAUGAUCAUGCUCAUAGGAUCUAGGGUGUGUUCUAUGAUCAUGAUCAUAGGAUCUAGGGUGUGUUCUAUGAUCAUGAUCAUAGGAUCUAGGGUGUGUUCUAUGAUCAUGAUCAUAGGAUCUAGGGUGUGUUCUAUGAUCAUGAUCAUAGGAUCUAGGGUGUGUUCUAUGAUCAUGAUCGAAGGUACUAGACUUAGUUCCGAAAUAACCAUGAUCAUAGGAUCUAGGGUGUGUUCUAUGAUCAUGAUCAUAGGAUCUAGGGUGUGUUCUAUGAUCAUGAUCGAAGGUACUAGACUUAGUUCCGAAAUACCACACACUCGAACAGACUUGGCCUCGUACUGCUCCGUUGGCAGAGCAUUGAACUAGUAUCCCAAAGGUCGCGGGUUAGAUUUCCACCGUAGUCAGGCAAACUUUUCACUGAGCCUGCCUGGUGUGGAUAUACACCCAGAGUAACAAAAAAAACACAUUAUAUUCACCUGAGUACAUAACAUCAAAACAUGCACACAAAUUUGCUUAAUUUUCAACACUGAGCAAACUUUACCUAUGCAAAAUUCCUACUGUGAUCACAGAAACUUUGAUAGUAUAAGCAUGCCUUAAGUCCUGACUCUCAUGGUUUCGUGAAAUGAGAAUAUAACCCAGAUUCUGCUCGUGGUAGCCAACCCAAACCCUAUUACGUGCGGAACACGAGGAUAUAAACAGAAUUUUGAUAGACGCGAUGAAGAUACUAUUAUAAUGAAUUGGUUUGCUUUUUAAUUCUGUAUAAAAUGCUGUGUAUAUAGAUAUUGAAUAUAUUUUAGCAGAACUAUUAAUUUAUUUAAAUUAUUUUAUAAUAUGCGAUCGACAUAUGAGAAAGCUCUGCGACGCGAUAUUAUAUUAUUGUGGAAAAUGUAAUUUUUCUUCAUAUUAUUAUACAUUUUAAAUAUUUAUUUUAUAUAUCGAUAUUAUUUUUAUUAUAUAUUAUUAUAAGUCAAUAUUAAGAAAUCUGUAAAAUAGAUACUCGUGAUUUAUUUUUAUUAUAUUAAAUUAUUAAAACGUUGACAUUUUUUGACGAUGGUAGAGUCAAACUGGAAGCACUCUUCUCACUGAGAAGAGUUCUCACUGAGACGAAAUGCAGACAAUUUGCAGGAAUCUGAAGUCUGAACCCCAGUCACCAAGAGGGGAAAUGCACAUAGUACCAUUCGUGUUUUAUCACAUAUAAAACACUCCGCUACGCGUCGUGUUUUAUAUGUGAUAAAACACUCCUACUCGUUUAUUAAACAGCUUCAAAAACGUCCCAGUUAGAUCACGGCAUUGGCGAAAUAAUUUUCCAAAAAGAAAAUACAAGUUGAAAUUUGAAGCGUGUUUUAUCACAUAUAAAGACACGCCACGCUUAUGAUUUCUCUUUGUGUUUUCCUCAUGAAUUAUUAAUGAGUUUUUGAACAACACUUAAAGAAUAUUCUCACCACAUACAGAACAAAACGGGAAUUAAAACUAAACGAUAAAUACACAGACACAGUUGACAAUCAUGUUGUUGAAAAGGUCAUUUCAAUAUAUUACAGGAAACAUCGAAAAUAGAUCAGUGCACUGUUUGAAAGGCGACUCCUGUCAGUUUCCGGUGGGGAGUAUAGAAUGAUAUAAAUGGUAUGUAAAUUUUUAUAAUCAAUUUAUUAUACACUUAAAGGCUGGUUCACAGCAGUAGAAAUUUUGCAUAGCCAGAUAAAUUCUCUAAGUUUGAAGGAUUUGCAAGAAAUUGUGGAGGGAAGAAUUUCUUACAAAUCCUUCAGAACUUAGAAUUUACCUUUGCAAUAACAAGAACUCUGAUAGUGUAUUAAAACCAGCCUCGAGUCAGUUCAACUAAUGACUUUUCUUUUUUUUUUACCUGUUUUUCCGCUUUUUUGUGCACAGUAGAGUAAGGGAUAUUAUAUAGAGGUUCAUAUUUGACAAGGUUCUGACUUAAUGGGUAUAUAGUGUCAAAAGGUUGCAAUCUUUCAAUUACAGAGGAUGUUAUACGGUAGUAAUUAAGGUAAUUUAGAAUCAUAGCAACUUCGAGGGGGUGAUGCCCUAUGGCUUCGCUUUACGUAUAUUUCUCAAUUAUGUUCAAUCAUUUUUAUGUUGAAGUUCAAAUUCAGCACAACUAAAGUUUGGUUUACACAAUCAAAAUCUCUGUGAUCACAGCAGGAAUUCAGUUGCAUAGAUGAAUUGUUGAUGGAUUUCUAAGAAAUGUUUAAAGGAACUGACUAAUAUAAGUGUUAAACACUGAGUAUGUUCCUCAAACAUUUCUUAGAAUUAACCCAUGCAAAAUUCCUACUGUGAUCACAGAAACGUUCAGAGUGUAAACUAGCCUUAGGCUUAGACUUCACAAUCGCCUCCACAGGUUCAAGGUCCCUUGAAACCUAUCCAACAUGUUGGAACAACAUGAUCAAACAUUGUCAGAUGCAUUCUUGAGUUUGAACAUUAUGUUAUGCUUGGUAAUGUUGCAGGUUGAUGUUCGAAUUAGAUAUUAGAUCACAACACUGAUGUAUUGACCUACAAUGUUGAACAAUGAUGAAAUCAGUGCUUUGAACAGGUCUUAUAUAAAUUUGUGAUGCCAUAACUUUCUUUCCAGUUUAGUGUAACACUGUCUUACAGUUAGCGUGAGGCCUAAAGAUUAAGCGAAUUUAAGUUGGCGGCGUUUUUUUGGAUCCACCCUGUGAUAAAUUGUCUUCAGGGUAUAAAAGGUUAUCAAAAAUGUAUCUUGUCGUUAAAAAUAAUCUGACCCACAAGGUUAAUCCUGAAGCUUUAGAAUUUGAUAGCAAUAAAAUAAAACGUCUUUCAAUUUUUUAUACCCCAAUUACGGCAGCACCCUUGUGGGCUAUAUCUGAAGAUUACAACCAAUUUUCCCAUAAUUAG